CGACAAGACAAAGCCUCUCAAUUGCAAAGCGCCGCUCCUGUCUUUCGCACCCCUCCGACCAUUAUACUCACAAUGCUGGCACCAGUAGCUCGACUUAUGCCGAGGCAUGUUUCUAGAAUCAAUUUCUUCCGUCCCAUGUCCAGCUUGCCGUCCAACCCGCGCAUCAAAGUCUUCCCUGCCGAUGCAUCACGAGCCUCUUUCCUCCUAUCCUACCUCGAAGAUGAGCCACCGAACCAGAGAAUAGCCAUUGGAUUCUCUACGACCGAUCCUCCGACGCCACGAUCAUUUAUCGAGAACCAGACCUUUACCAAGAUCCUCUAUGAAGUUCUUGCGGAGCAUGCGCAUAAAGACAAGGACCUCUUAGCACAGGCACAAGCCUUUGCAGGGCCUGGCGGGGCCAAUCUUGGCUCUGGAGGAGCACUCUUUGCCCAGAAGAACAAGAGGCGUUCGUCGAGCAAGGUCGGUGGCGGCGGCGGCGCCGGAGGCGGUGGUGCUGGUGGUGCCAGUGCCCAAGGCGGCGCUGGAGGAGGUGGGCAUGGUGGUUACGUCCACCUUAGUGAUUCAAGAAACCCUCCAGAUUUUGGUCGCAUUGCCUGGCCUGAAGAUAUCCUGGGCAGCGUUGAAGUCGAUCAAAGCGGCAACAUAAUUGGUCAGCUUGAGCCAAGUGGAACAUAUCGAAUUAUCACCAACGAGGGAAUUCUCGGAUUGAGUCCUUAUCUUUCAGAAAAGCUCGUUGAGAGACUUCGCGAGGAAGACGACAAAGACCAUUCGUAAUCGCCCCGCAAGUAUCGGAGGACUAGAGCAUCAGGGGGGGGGGGGGGAGCAGCUAGCCGACUCCCGGAUGCUCGCUGUAAAAUUGUACACUCAUCAUGUAAUAGUAGCUCACCACUUUACGACUGCAUAUAUUGACGAGAUUCUGUCAGUCGGUUUCCAGGAUGAACAUCUGGUCACUUUCUUCGGCGAAUAGGUACCUUUUUGGCAUCGAAUUGUAACUUGGGAGGAAGAAGGCUAGACGAAGCCUACGCGAGUUUGAAGAACCCACCCGCCUCCACUUGGUCUUUUAUUUGAGCAAUUGGCAAGGAACAAGCCAUCGGAGGGGAUCGUGAGCUUGCUCCUUUAACCUCGGGAAUGGAGUUGCUGCAGAAUCUUUCGUCCUGCAGACACGGUUUCCCCCCACAACCCCGUCCUCGACUCCCGCCAUAAUAUGCACAUGGACGAAAGGAGCCCAAGAACAGAAGCGGGCACAUGCACCAGAUUCCAGACCGCCGGUUGAUAUUCUCGGUUGAGUCAGUUCGGGUAUGUUUUACCGACCAACCCUGGAAUUGUCAUCGAUAGUCUUGAAAGAUUUUGAUCCUCGAAUCUUUGCAUCUCGAUAUUUUUCCAAAUGGUACAGAUACUUGGGUCACAGGGCCGUUGUUCCUUUGGAUGGUAGGAUUGAUCAGGGUUGUUUAGCCGAUGCAAGCAGCUGCAGCG